CAUUGAAAUGACGGCCAUAGCAGUUUACCUAGUCACGCGAGAAAAAAAAUGUGAAUUAACGAAUUGAAUAUUCUUUGUUUUAAUUGCCUUCAAAGACUUAUUAAACUAAUUUUUGGUGAUAAUUAAAGAGUGCAAUACAGCGGGCGCCUGUUAAACAUGUUGUUAAAGGAGUUUUGGUGGGAAAACACGAUGAAUUCCAUCGUAAUAAACUAAUUUGUGAAACGAAUAAAAAAAGUGCUUUUUUGUGCUAUACAACUCAACAUCAGGCCAACAAAAUGAAUCACCACGGCAACAUGGAGAUGGAUCCGUUGAGCUACGACUACCCAGCGUACAACUACCAAGCUCCAACGUACCCGUACCCAAACAAGCUGCAAGCAAUGUACCAUGCGUACGCACAAACAAACACAAACUUCGUCCCAACCACGCACAACACACAUCACACUACGCACAACAUUCCGGAACCCGUCAAACCAGCCCCCCCACCACCAACAUCACAAACCGAAGUCAAAGAGGUCAGCAGUAACGAUAACGUAACACAACCAACGAGUAAGAGAAAAAAGAAAGAAAAGAAAGGAGAAAAAAGCACUUUCUGUUCCCAGAAGAUAACGGAUGCUUCGUUCAAGUUCUACGGUUGUUCCGUAUGUAAUAUAAGUUACAGUGCGUUACAUGAACUGGACCAGCAUGUCACUAUACACAAGAAUAGGUUGACAAGCUACCGUCUCCGUCUCCGUAACCAAUUUAAAAAGAAACAAAUAAAAAAGGAGAAGAAAAAACUUAAAAAGUUAUCUAAAAUUAAGAAAGAAUCGGAGCUGGACGUUGAAAUCAAACCAGAAGACGGUUACAUAGGCAACGAGAAGGCCGCAGACUUUGUAACGAAUAAUGAAAUAGAGAAUAAUAGUAAUGUAAAUAACGGUAACAGUGUAAUAGAUAAUCAAAGUAGUCAAUUUAAUUCGGUGAACGGUGAUGUUAGUUCUGUAAAUAAUAGUUUAAAUAGUGUUGGUCAGUGUAACGGAGUGGAUAGGGUUAGCGAUAAGGGUGUGAACGAGACGGAGAUGAACGAUAUGGAGAAGAUCUACAAGUGCUUUGCGUGCAAUAAACAGUUCACACUCAGUUACUACCUCAAGCUGCAUGUGCGGUCACAUACAGACGAGAAGCCGUACACGUGCGCGGCGUGCGGGCAGUCGUUCAUCACGGCGAGCAAGCUGGGCCGCCACAACAAGCGCAUCCACCUCGCCGAGCGGUACCAGUGCCGCAUCUGCUUCAAGAUAUUCUCCAAGUUCGAAUUGUUGACGGCGCACUUCGACAAAACGCAUCCUGAGGACAAAUUGGAGGGAGAGCCUUAUGAUUACAACGCGAUCCUCCCUUACCUCAAAGAAUUAGAAGAACAGCUGCAACUAGACGAAGCGAAACACAGCACGGACAGUACACAGCAUACACAGCAUACACAGAGUACACACGAUACACAGAGUACACACAACCUGUGGGACGUGCCUGUGGUGUUGGAGGCAGGACUGACGGAGCCUGCGCCCCCUGAUAUCAAGGAAGAGGUACUAGACGAUGACCAAAAGGACACGAUACCGAAGGUAGAAGUGAUGAUGGAGGAAGUAAAGCUGGACUGUGACGUCAGGGUCAAGGAGGAGCUGCUCGACGAGGAUACAGGGGGGAGCGGGGAUGUGGGGGGUACGGGGGACCACGGGGAUAGCGACGGGGGGGACGCGGUGGAGGAUGGUGGUGAUGAUGUGGGCGAUGUCAAGAAUGAAGACAGCGACGGAUCAGACUCGGACUACUUCCCGAGCAACACGUGGGCCGCGGCCCCGCCGGCGUCGCCGGGGGCCCGGGGGCAGGGCCGGGGCCGGGGCCGGGGCCCUGGGGCCCGCACGUGCCCGGUGUGCCAGAAGUCGGUGAGCAGCGCGUCGUACAUGCGCGUGCACCUGCGCACCCACUCGGGGGAGCGGCCCUACGCCUGCAGCCACUGCGGCCGCGGGUUCAUCACCAGCUCCAAGAUGCACCGACAUGUCCUCACGCACCAGACCGAUAAAGGCGACGUCAAAGAGGAGGGUGAGACCAAAGAGGAGGCGAGCGAGAAAGAGACAGCAGAAGAAGAGAAAGAUAAAAAACCAGUAAAGAAGCGAGGUCGUAAGGCGAAGGCCCAGGUUCAGGCCCCGGCUGAGGAAGGAGAGAAGCGCCGGAAGCAUCAGAAGCGACCUCAUGCGUGCGAGUACUGCAAUCAGAAGUUCCUUCACCUGAAAAUGUUGGAAGUGCACCGCGCUACGCACGCGGAGUCGGAGCGGGUGCUGCGCUGCCAGUACUGCCUGGCGGAACUGGCGGACCUGGCCGACAGGGCGCAGCACGAGGCGCAGCAUACAGGACCGAAGCCCUACCUCUGUACUAUAUGUGGGAAGACGUACAAGAAACGAGAAACUAUGAUGUACCACCGCAAGCGUCACUCUGCGGGGCUGACGUACGUGUGCGAGGUGUGCUCGCGCGUGUUCCCGGCGGCGUGCAAGUUGCGCGCGCACGCCCGCACGCACGCGGCGCGCUACGUGCUGCGCUACGAGUGCCCCGUGUGCGCGCACAUGUUCCACACGCGCUACCACGUGCACAUGCACCUGAACACGCACCAGCGCGAGGGGCUGGUGGCGCCGCACCAGCGCGCGCAGCUGCUGGCCAUGGUGCUGCACAACGCGCGCAAGAUCCCGCAGCACGGCGCGCCCGCGCUCUCCGCGUCCGUGCCGGCCGACGAGCGGUCCCGCGUCUGCAACAUCUGCGGCGAGGUGUUCCAGCACUUCUACUACCUGGAGGAGCACCUCAAGAGCCACGGCUCCCGCAUCGCGCUCGAGGACUUCGACCGGCCCGAGGACAAGAAGUACGUCUGCCCCGUCUGCAACAAGGGCUUCAAGCUGCACUACUACCUGAAGCUGCACAGCUUCACGCACUCCAAGGAGAAGCCGUUCAUCUGCCAGCAGUGCGGGAAGGGCUUCAUCACCAAGGGGAAGCUCAAGAGGCACCUGGAGACGCACACGGGCCUGAAGAAGUACCAGUGCCACAUCUGCUGCAAGUUCUUCACCCGGCCGAGCUACCUGCGCAUCCACAUCCGCACCAUCCACGGCACCCAGGACUACAACUUCCGCCUGGACAAGGCGUACGCGCUGGACGCGCUGCCCGCGCUGCCCGCGCCCACGCCCACGCCCACGGCCACGCUCUAGCCCACUGUCCCAGACACCCGUUGUUGAUUUUGUAAACAUUGCAUUAUAUUCUCUAUUUUACA